AUGGGCUCAGAACCCCAGUACGCAAAGUACCCUCUCCUCCCGCUCGCCCAGCAUGUCUUUGCCCUCACAAAUGCCUACGCCUCCCGGUCAUCUCAACAAACCGCCGCGAAAGCCCUCAAUGAUGCCAUCACCGAGCACAAGAUGGCACCGCUCUACCGCUAUCUUGCACACCCUCUCGAGGGCAUUCUGAACCAAGUUGGGGAAGGUGGCAGCCAGACCCCCGGCAAGCCUCUGAGUCGGAAGUCGAGUUUGGCGGGCAUGAUCGCCACCAAGAGCACGCCAACCACCGUCAACCUGCCCUGGGACGAGGCUCGGUACCAAGAGCUUAAGGCCGACAACGAUCGAGAGUUCGAGGAGUUCCAGAAGGAGGAAGAUGAGGCCGUCGAAAAAGCAGGCGAUACGGAGAUCCAGGCUGCGCGGGGAAAACGGGCGGAGUUCUGGGCCAGAGUUGGUGACAAGGAUCGGGCGAUCGCCGCAUACGAAGACGUUUUCGAGAAGACCGGUAUCCUGGGUACCAAGAUCGACCUGGUGCUCGCGAUAAUCCGGAUGGGUCUGUUCUACGGUGACAAGCUCCUUGUGAAGAAGCAUGUUGAGCGCGCAAAGACCCUGGUUGAGUCCGGUGGUGACUGGGACCGCCGCAACCGUCUCAAGGCCUACGAGGGCAUCUACCUUUUGACCGUUCGGUCGUACAAUCUGGCGGCCCCGCUGCUGCUGGACAGCUUGUCCACCUUCACCAGCUACGAACUCUGCACCUAUUCUUCCCUCGUCGUCUACUCUGUUCUCGCCGGAUCCGUAUCCUUGAAGCGCGUUGACUUCAAGAGCAAGGUUGUUGAUGCUCCCGAGAUUAAGGCUAUCCUUGGCGACGGAGACGAUAAGAUUCUGGCUCUAUCCGGUGCUCUCAGCGCCGGUCCCGGUGCCGACGACACAAUGCAAGACGCCCCCGCGCCUACCGCAGCCGCCAAGACCGCAGUGAACCUGACGACCCUCGGCACAGGCACUGACCAGCCCGAUGCUGAGAUGGCUAUCGAUUUCUCGCCUCUGGCCCAGCUCGUCUCAAGCCUGUAUAAUGGCCAGUACAAGUACUUCUUCCAGGCUCUUGCCGAGGUCGAGGAGAACUUCCUCACGCAGGACCGCUACCUGCACGAGCAUAAGAACUGGUUCAUUCGCGAGAUGCGCCUCCGCGCAUACCAGCAGCUUCUCCAAAGCUACCGUGUAGUUGGGCUGGAGACGAUGGCGACCGACUUUGGCGUCACCGUUGACUUCCUGGACCGCGACCUCGCCAAAUUCAUCGCGGCUGGUCGCAUUCCUUGCACAAUUGACCGCGUUAGCGGCAAGGGCGUCAUCGAGACCAACCGCCCCGAUGAUAAGAACAAGCAAUACCAGGAUGUUGUUCGCCAAGGCGAUCAGCUCAUCACCAAGCUCCAGAAGUACGGCCAGGCCGUGCGUCUGAGAGGAAGUGAGCGGGCGUAA